UCCAUACGCCACGCACGAAUUCAUUCGGUAUUCUUCUUGUCAUUCACCUUAACGUUAUUAAUAGAUCGAUAGGGUAUUUGGUGGGAAAAAAUGGGUUCUGAAUCUAAAGCAGCUCCGAUGCACGCCCUUUUGGUCUCAUUUCCCGGCCAAGGCCACAUCAAUCCUCUUCUCCGACUCGGAAAACGCUUAGCCUCAAAGGGUCUAUUCGUCACCUUUACUACCCCAGAAAACGCUGGCAAAGACCUUCGUAACGCAAACCGCAUCGUCACCGACAAAGCCAUCCCCGUCGGCGACGGCUUCCUCAGGUUCGAGUUCUUCGAAGAUGGCUGGGACAAAGACGACCCCAGAAGGAAAAAUCUCAGGGAGUACUUGGUUCAGCUAGAGCUUGUUGGCAAGCAAGUCAUAUCGCAGAUGAUUCACAAGUAUAACGAUUCUCGUGAGCCUGUUUCUUGCAUUAUCAAUAAUGCUUUCGUACCUUGGGUCUGUGAUGUUGAUUCUGAAUUUGGCUUACCUUCUGCUGUUCUCUGGGUUCAAUCUUGUGCUGUUUUCUCUGCUUAUUACCAUUACUUUCACAAACUCGUACAUUUUCCUUCAGAUUUGGAUCCUCACAUCGACGUUCACUUGCCUUCUUUACCUGUCCUUAAAUACGACGAAAUCCCCAGCUUUCUGCAUUUUGAUAGCCCCUAUCGUUUUAUCGGGGAGCUCAUAUUAGGACAGUUCAAGAACUUCAAUGUACCGUUUUGUGUGUUGAUGGACACUUUUGUGGAGUUAGAGAAGGACUAUAUAAACUACAUGUCGAAGUUCUGUGUCAUUAGAUCUGUCGGGCCUCUGUUCAAGAACCCCAAACCAGCAGAUUCAGGAACAGUGAGUGAUGAUAUUCGUGGGGAUUUGGUGGUGAAAGCCGACGAUUGUAUAGAGUGGCUAAACUCGAAGCCUUCAGGGUCGGUGGUUUAUGUUUCGUUUGGAAGCAUCGUGUAUUUGCCUCAAGAACAAGUAGACGAGAUUGCAUAUGGGCUUUUGGAUUCUCAAGUCUCGUUUCUGUGGGUUCGGAAACCACCGGAAAAAACUCAGAGCCUUCAAUCUCACGUUCUUCCCGAUGGCUUUCUGGAGAAAACUAAGGAUAGAGGCAAGGUGGUCCAGUGGAGCCCACAAGAGGAAGUUCUAGCUCAUCCUUCGGUGUCUUGCUUUGUAACUCACUGUGGUUGGAAUUCGUCCGUGGAAGCUCUCACCUGUGGGGUUCCAGUUCUGACGUUUCCGGCAUGGGGCGAUCAGGUCACCAACGCCAAGUUCUUAGUUGAUGUGUUCGGCGUCGGGCUCAGAUUGGGAAAUGCGCAAGAUCAGAACAAUGUCAUUACCAGAGACGAAAUGAACAAGUGCUUAGAGCAAGCCUCGGUGGGACCUAGGGCUCUGGAGUUGAAGAGAAAUGCUCUGAAGUGGAAGGCCGCGGCGGAGGCCGCCGUUGCCAACGGCGGCUCCUCCAGCCGGAAUCUUGAUGCGUUUAUCGAAGAUAUGAAAAAGAUGGCCUCUUGUGUCAGUGUCGAUUCGAAGAUCAUCACUCGCUCGGAAGAAGUGUUUGAUGAUAACGUUGGAGGACCACGUGGAUGGUUCUCGCGGAUAUCUCUUUAGUUGUUAAAUAGCGUUGGAUAAUUGUCAAUGGAAAUUUUUCCUUGAUAACUUUCAUCAAUAAUAAUUGAUAAUUAUCCAGCAAUUAUUCACAAUUUUAAUAAAUUAAAAACAAGGGCAUUCAAAGUAAUUUUGUAAUUUUAUAAAAUAUGCUUGUAUCUAAA